GCCUCAACUUGUGAGGAAGAGGAGGGCAAGAGAUACACUGAAAGAGAGCGAGAGAAAGGGGGAGCAGCCUGUGCGCUCUCUUCCCCCCGUUCCUCCGCUCCUCACACUUGGAUAGAACGCACAUGAGCACACUGAGCGUGUGUGUGGUUGUGAUCCGAGCGCCGAAGAGGACGCGUCUGUUUGGUCUUGAGGACGGACUAGCGAGCGGGACGAGGCGCCAUGGACUCCUGGAUAAAGUUCAUCUUCAUGGUCGCCACCUUCUGCUGUGGAACGCGAGCCGAGUUUGACGGCAGGUGGCCGCGGCAGAUGGCGUCGUCCAACGGGCUGUGCCGCUACGGCGCCAGGGUGGACUGCUGCUGGGGAUGGACGCGGCGAUCUUGGGGUCACUGCCAGCCUCCCCUCGCCUUAACUCGCAGGCUAGUCGGGAUAAGGUGCCAGCCCCAAGCACUUUGCCCGUCAGGCUGCAAGCAUGGAGACUGCGUGGGGCCCAACCAGUGCAAAUGUCACGCAGGAUUCACGGGGAAGACCUGCAAUCAAGAAGAUCAGCCGGACUAUUUGACUCCACUGAUGUGGUCCAGUCACCUCCCCAUAUUCCUACCUGUGGAUCAACAUCCGGUGACGGAGGAUCUGAACGAGUGCGGGCUGAAGCCACGGCCCUGCAAACACAGGUGCAUGAACACCUACGGCAGCUACAAGUGCUACUGCCUCAACGGCUACAUGCUGAUGCCCGACGGCACCUGUGGAAACCUUCGCACUUGCAGCAUGGCCAACUGCCAGUACGGCUGCGAGGUGCUGAAAGGGGAGGUCCGAUGUCAGUGUCCGUCGCCGGGGCUACAGCUCGCUACGGAUGGUAGAACCUGCGUGGACGUGGACGAGUGCGCCACCGGGAUCGCCGUGUGCCCCAGAUUCCGCAAGUGCAUCAACACCUUCGGCAGCUACAUCUGCAAGUGCCACGACGGUUUUGACCUGCAGUACAUCAACGGGAAAUACCAGUGUAUCGACGUGGACGAGUGCUCUUUGGAGACGGCUCGCUGCGGCGGCUACGCCACCUGCUUCAACACGCCGGGCUCGUACAAGUGCAAGUGCAAAGACGGCUACAGGGGGAUGGGCCGCGACUGCAAACCCAUUCCCAAGGUGGCCAUCGACCCGCCGAGGCCCGGCAAACUGCCUCCCAGCUUUCACAACCACCUGCCGGACAUCGACCAGAGAAGGACCACCACCACCACCACCACGCGAGGUCCACUGGUGACCCACCGGAGGGUGUUCACCGUCGCCCCCAAAACCACGACGACCGCCACCCCAACAACGCCCACGACGACGGCGCCUCGGAGGAAGAUGACGACACCCCUGCGCAAGACGGCAACUCCGACCCGGAAGCCCUUCGUCCCCACCAGGAAGCCACCUGCGCCCACUCGCAAGCCCUACGUCCCACCAAAACCGGUGACCCCCACCAGACGAACCACCGCGACGAUUCCACCAACGCCUCCGCAGGUGACCACUGUGGACAACAGCAUCCACAAGGAUGUCACCAAGCAGCGAGGAGACGUGCACAUCCCUCGGAACCACAACCUCAACACAGUGCUGGACUUUGACAUCGAGCUGGGCAACACGGCCGACGAAGCCAAGGACGACGCGGAUUCGGGCUUCCUGAGCUGCUCUUUCGACGACGGCCUCUGCGGGUGGAUCAGGGACAAAGACGGAGACGUGCACUGGGAGACAACGCCAGACCCGGCAGGCGGUCGCUACCUUACCAUCCCCGAAGUGGGCAACAAGAGGACGGGGCGGGGGGCGAGGCUGGUCCUCCCGUUGGCCCCACCCUGGAACGAGGGCAACCUUUGCCUGUCAUUCCGCCACAAGCUGGCGGGGCACCACGUCGGCAUGCUGCAGGUGUUCGUGAAGAAGGGCGCCCAGUACAGCCCAGCCGUGUGGGGCAGGACGGGCGGCAACAGCUGGAGACACACCCAGAUAACGCUAUGGGGAACCGGCCUGGAGAGCGUGGUGCUGAAGGGUGAGCGCGGGCGGGGACGAAGCGGCGAGAUGGCAGUGGACGACAUCUCCCUCGCAAAAGGCUCCUGCACAGACGAUCGCGACCCGACGAGUCUUUGACGCGGUGGCUCGAGGUGAAAAAAAAAUGAAAGCGAAAACA